AUGGACUUAAAGCGGGCCUUCCCCAUUCCUCAAGAUACAGUUCUUUUAGUCACAACACGAUACAUGCCACCAACGUCACCGAUGGGAGUAAUAUCGGAGUCUGCUGCCGCCCAACUUCUAGAUUUUUCUCAGCGCCUCGAUAUUGGACUUCUAGACCGUGUCGUGAACUGUAUGUACCAUGAAGCAGGCGAUCAACAAAAAAUCGCAGAGAAAGUCCUGAAUACACUCAAGGAACAUCCGGAUGCAUGGAUGCGCGUGGAUUCGAUUCUAGAAUUCAGUUCAAACCAAGAAACGAAAUAUUUCGCCCUUCAGAUACUUGAAGCAUUAAUCAAAACACGUUGGAAAGUCCUAGCCCGACCACAAUGUGAAGGUAUCAAAAAGUACAUCGUUGGUUUGAUAAUCCAAACAUCGUCCAGUUCGGAGCUCUUGGAGUCGGAAAAGACGUAUCUCGGCAAGUUAAAUAUGAUUCUGGUUGAGAUAUUAAAACAUGAAUGGCCUAAUAACUGGUCAACAUUCAUUAGUGACAUUGUUGGGGCAAGUAAGACAAAUGAAUCUUUAUGUCAGAACAAUAUGGUCAUCUUGCGUCUCUUGAGCGAAGAAGUUUUUGACUUCUCUUUGGGUCAAAUGACUCAAACAAAAGCUAAACAUUUAAAAGACUCUAUGUGUCAACAGUUCAGUUUGAUUUUUCAGCUUUGUCAAUAUGUCCUGGAAAAUUCCCAAAAUGCAUCUCUAGUUGUUUCGACACUAGAGACGUUACUUCGUUUUAUGCAUUGGAUUCCCUUAGGAUAUAUAUUUGAAACUAAUCUAAUACAAACCUUAGUAUUUAAAUUCUUCAAUGUCCCUCUGUUCCGAAAUAUUACUUUAAAAUGCCUUGCAGAAAUAGCGGGUGUAUUAGUGGACGAAUAUGAUACCCAGCUAGUAGAACUGUUUGUUUCUACUACCGAAAACUAA